CGGGAUGGGGCUGUGCUUGCCGUGCAUGGGGGGAGCGGCCGAUGACGUCGUGGAGACGCCGGACCCGGAAAUUAAAAGAAGACAACUUGCAGAAGCUGCAGAAAAAAGGCAGAUGGAGGCCUCCUCUCGGGGUAUUAAGAAUCCAUCUUCUGUGGAGCAAAAGAAAAGGAAACAGGAGGAAAUGGGCAAACGUCUUGAAUCGGCAGCUCCUGGACCAGAAGGAGGCGGGCUUAGAUGGCAAGUUGGAUAACUCUGGUGCAGCUCCGGAUGGGAAGGACAGGAUGAUUAUUCUACUGCCAAUAACUUGCCAGUUCCUGCGGCUGAAUGACACUUGUUCAGUGUGUUUGGCUUUUGCUGUCGUUUGCCUCUGGAGACUCAGCAGUACUUUGCCGUCGUGGCAGGGCAGAUGGAAAAUGUGCACUAACGUUCCUUUUUUCAAACCAAAACCUCACAAUGUACAGCAGAGAUGGCCAAAACCAGUUGUUUGCUAGUUAUGCUGCCAUAUUGUAUAACAUUGCAUGUCUUAACACAUUGGAGGG